AAUUUCGUCCCUCGUCCCGUUUUUUCCUCGUACCGUACAAAACAGUCACAGCUCAGAAAAACAUCAGUCAAUAAAAAUUCCUAGAAAUUUUUUUCCCGAGAAAAUCUUUGCCAAACGAGAAAAAAAAAAUGGAAUUGUGUCCUUUAAUUAAAAACAUUCUUCUUUUGGAUUCCGAAGGUAAACGUAUAGCUGUUAAGUAUUAUUCAGAUGAUUGGCCUACCAAUUCUGCUAAGGAAGCUUUUGAAAAAGCUGUGUUUGCUAAAACCCAAAAGACUAAUGCCCGUACAGAUGCUGAGAUAACAAUGUUUGAUAAUUAUGUUGUUGUAUACAAGUUUGUUCAAGACCUUCACUUUUUUGUUACCGGAGGUGAAAAUGAAAACGAGAUUAUCUUGGCUGCAGUACUCCAGGGUUUCUUUGAUGCAGUUGGACUUCUCCUCAGAGGCACUGUGGACAAGAAGGAAGCACUGGAGAACUUGGAUCUUAUUUUGUUAUGCCUCGAUGAGAUUGUUGACGGCGGCAUCAUUCUCGAAACUGAUGCAAAUGUUAUAGCCGGAAAGGUUGCUAGUCACAGCAUGGAUGCUGGAGCUCCUUUGUCUGAACAGACAAUAACUCAAGCAUUGGCAACCGCACGGGAACAUCUUACAAGAUCUCUCCUCAAGUAAUGGCAUAUACACCAGGCUGGAAGGUGAGAAAGGUAGAGAAUUUAUCCUUUUUUGUAAUGAUACUAUGAUAUUAUACCUGGUUAUGAUAUACUCUAUGUAUAGCUAGCUGCAUUAGGAGAUCAAUAUUCAAGGAAUUGAUUUUAGAAGAUACAAAACAAAGGCAUAUACAUAUAUGUGUGUGUGUGUGUGUUGGAUUUCACAAAAGAGUACAAUUUUUACAUAAAGGUUUACAUGCUUUGUUUAGUGGUUUUUUCUCUUUUGGGAAUUUUCAUAUGAAAAGAAAAUUAAAAUGUUUGUUGUUCAGCUUUAUAAACAGGGAAUAAAUUUGCAUAAUUUUGUCCA